AUGGCCUGGUGGAUUGCAUGGACCCAGACUGCUGCUUGCAGCCGUUGUGCCACGUCAACGCGCUGUGCCUGGGCUCCCCAGACCCCCUGGAUAUCAUCCAGGAGACACAAGCCCCCAUCUCCCAGCAGAGCUUGCAUUCCUUCUAUGAUCGGAUCAAGUUCCUGAUCGGCAAGGACAGCACCCACAUCAUCCCAGGGGACAAUCCCUUUGAAGGCGGACAUGCGUGUGUGAUUCGAGGCCAGGUGAUGACAGCAGAUGGGACACCUCUAGUCGGAGUGAACAUCAGCUUUGUCAAUAAUCCUCUUUUUGGAUACACGGUCAGCAGACAAGACGGCAGCUUUGACCUCGUGACCGUUGGCGGCAUCUCCAUCAUCCUGCACUUUGAGCGGGCGCCCUUCAUCACGCAGGAGCACACACUGUGGCUGCCGUGGGACCGCUUCUUCGUCAUGGAAACCAUAGUCAUGCGGCACGAGGAGAACGAGAUCCCGAGCUGCGAUCUCAGCAACUUCGCCCGCCCCAACCCCGUGGUCUCUCCGUCCCCGCUGACGUCCUUCGCGAGCUCCUGUUCAGAGAAAGGUCCCAUCGUGCCUGAAAUCCAGGCUCUACAAGAGGAGAUUAACAUUUCCGGUAGUAAAAUAAAAGUGAGUUACCUGAGCAGCCGCACAGCUGGCUACAAAUCAGUCCUGAGGAUCAGCAUGACCCACCCCACGAUUCCCUUCAACCUCAUGAAAGUCCAUCUCAUGGUGGCUGUCGAGGGACGCCUCUUCAGAAAGUGGUUUGCAGCUGCUCCGGACCUGUCCUAUUACUUCAUCUGGGAUAAGACAGAUGUCUACAGCCAGAAGGUGUAUGGGCUCUCAGAAGCCUUUGUUUCUGUGGGUUACGAAUAUGAAUCUUGUCCUGACUUGAUCCUAUGGGAGAAGAGGACAGCUGUGCUCCAGGGUUAUGAGAUCGAUGCUUCCAAACUUGGAGGAUGGUCUCUGGACAAACACCAUGCCCUGAACAUACAAAGUGGCAUCUUGCAUAAAGGAAAUGGGGAAAACCAGUUUAUUUCUCAGCAGCCACCUGUAAUUGGGAGCAUUAUGGGCAAUGGUCGCAGACGUAGUAUUUCCUGUCCAAGCUGCAACGGUCUCGCAGAUGGUAACAAACUCCUGGCUCCCGUUGCCCUAACGUGUGGGUCUGAUGGAAGCCUUUAUGUGGGAGAUUUCAACUACAUCCGAAGGAUUUUUCCCUCUGGCAAUGUCACCAACAUAUUGGAGCUAAGAAAUAAAGAUUUCAGACAUAGCCACAGCCCAGCUCAUAAGUAUUACUUGACCACAGAUCCGAUCACUGGCUCCAUCUACCUCUCUGACACCAACAGCCGUCGCAUCUAUAAAAUCAAGUCAACCACAUCCGUGAAAGACAUUGUGAAGAAUUCAGAGGUCUUGGCUGGCACAGGAGACCAGUGCCUUCCCUUUGAUGAUACCCGCUGUGGAGAUGGAGGCAAAGGCACCGACGCUACCCUUACAAAUCCUAGGG